AUGUGUCUUCAGUAUAACCGCAAAUGCUCUUGCUACGAUGUUCUAAUCGUCUUGCUCAUCAUUAUCGGCGUACUGUCGUAUGUUUACCUGACCCACAAACACAGUGUGCCGUCUCAGAACCACCCUUCACCGCUCAAAGACGAGCAGGAAGAAGCACAUGCAGUUCCAGCCAUCCACGAUGAAGUUUCUCAUGUAGAAGAAACACUCCAGCAGCCUAGAACUAGAUCGUGCCGGACGUUUGACGCAGAAAUUGCACGUCGACGUCCGACGACUGAACAUAUGACUGAUGCAGUCAGUGAUGUUCCAGUGAUCAUUAGUACCGAUGAGGACGGCUCCGAGUCAUCAGAAGAUGAUAGGGUGACUUCUUCAAGAUUACCAAGUCCAGGGGCAAGAAUUCAGCUAUCGCCAUUACUCCAACAGUGGCAGCAAACCAGUACUGGUGACUCAAUACCUCCUAUAAUUGAAUUUCCUCCCGAAAGCGGCGCUGUGGUGCCAGUCAUGAGGAAAAGGCAUAAUACUGGAGACCGAGAAUUAGUUGUUCGUCCGCGGGGUGAUGUAGCAAGAGUGGAUGGAAUGUAUACUAACCAAGACGAGAUGAGGCGGUAUUUCAUCGUUAUCGGUCAGGACAUGCCAGCAGACUGGUAUCAAUUAGCAUUGAGCCUUGGAGUUCCCUUCGGACAAAUUAAAGCUGUGAGCGAUACACACCCUCGGAACUGCUGGAUGUGUUGUCAGUGUAUUUUGGACAUGUGGCGCAAAAAUAAAGGCAGACUGGCAACAAAGGACGAUCUGAUCAAGGCUGUAGAGGAAACAAACAACAACGAUGUUGCAAUGAAGCUGAGAGACAUGUAAAUGAACUACUGGAUAGAACCGGUCCAUCGGGACAUGUACAGAUGGUCGAUUUCCUACUCAGGCUCAGUUUUUUUUUUUGA